AUGAACACUAGCUUAAGAGAGAGCUUUCUCUUGCUUUCUCUUUCUCUUCUUUUCUUCUCUUCCUUCUCUAGCCUAUAUUACUAUUACCAAGCAGUUGCUGCUGGUGUGCAGUCUUCUUUCUCUCUCUCUUGUAACUUGUCUCUGCUUUUCUCUCUUGAGAGGACCCUCACCUUCUCUUUUACAGAUGAGAUUGGGCCUUUGAGUAUUAUUGUUCCCUCUCUUCCUCCUUCACCAGUUGUUACUAUUCUCUCCACACCAGCUCAAGCUAAUUCUGCUGCUCUGCCUCCUCUUUCUGUAGUUAUUGCUCCAGCCCUGACUGAAAAUAUUAUUGUUGUUGUUUUCUCUACACCAGCAGAGUUUACCUUCUCUCUCACACAGGAGCACAAGCUUUGUCUGCCUGUAAAAGAACAUGAUAUUUCUUUGCAGAGUGCAUCUUCACAGGCUUGGAUCAAAAAUAUAACAACUGCCUAUACUUUCCACUACCUCCAUCCAUCUCUUUUGUGA